AUGUCGCAACUGUCUGCCGGUUCGACUUCGACAUCACCAUCUUUGCAGCCCUUUCGCCAGUCCCUGUUCGAAAAACCCUGGCACACUGUGGAUUUGUGGGAACGGGGACCGUGCCCAAACCUCAAACACACGCCCAACGUCGAGUCUGCACACUUGGCCCAAGUCAUUGAUUCUGCUGCCAGCCUGCGUAUCGUAGUUUGCCCCUCUGAUGUCGAAGAUGAGUGGCGCUCCUGCGCUUUGAGGCUUGUCUAUGACUGCUUCCAAAUUCCUGAUGAGUUCGCCUUAGAGAGGGUACAGCACAUCCCCGCUCAAGGGGAGGGACUGGUUGGCUCGGUGGGAUACUGGAAGGCCGGUUUCUUCAUUCGGAGGUCUGCUUCCUUAGGAGUCACUCUUGUGUGUUUUGCGAGCCCGCCUACGGUCCUCAAACGGCUGGGGUUGUUCAUUGACAGCCCUUCAUGGUCCACCGCCUGCAAGACGCCCUAUAUACUAUUCAACGUGAUCCUGGGAGCUCUAUUCCUGGAAGUGGAUGAGACGGUCUGGACGAUGGGUACCAUCUUUAGUAACCUCGAGAGGGACAUUACCGAUCACGUCGAUGGGGGCUCCAACUACCAGAAACAGCAGUACUACAAGCCCCCAUUCGGCACCCUUCACCGUUACGCGAACGAUCUUGCCUACCUCAGGGAGACGGUAGACUCCAAUCUGCUCGUCACUGAAGCCAUUCUUGAACGCACGAGGGCAAGGAAUAUUGAGGAUCCAGUUCAGGCCGACCUUCCGCCUACAGAGGAUGAUUUCCUCCGAGAAGGUUUGCUAUACCACAAGUCCCUCUUUCGCUCAACGCAACUACGUCUCUCCAGCCUGGACAAGCGCAUCCAGAAUGCUAGCACCCUGGCCUUCAACAUGGUGACACAACAGGACUCGCUCAUCAUGAUGCAGGACUCGGCAUCCGUGACCACCCUAACUGCGGUGGCCGCUGCGUUCUUGCCAAUCACGUCCAUUGCUACCAUCAUUGGCAGCCAACUGUUCGUCACCACCCAAGAUGACAAGGGUAAUUGGAUAAUCGUCUCCACUCCGCUGAUUCGCUAUCUCUACAUCAUUGGUGUCCCAGUUACCAUCGUUAUCUUCAUCGUCUUUUUCCUCUGGCCUACUCGGCGCCGGUUAGGUUGA